AUGCAAGUUACGUUUCCCCUUCCAGCCACGGGCGUCUCCGACCUCCGACCACCAACGCAAGUUCGGUUGAAGCAGACGGAUCGCGGAGGUGGCUAUAGUUCGUGCAAGACCAGGACCAAAGAAGGUGCCACCAUGGUGCUGUGCUUGGCGACCAACCGCUUCCCGACAAUUCACCUCACGGACGAAGAGCAGCGAUACUACGACCGAGUCAGCAACGACCUGCUCAAGCGGACGCUGCACGCGUACCACGAAGAACAGCAGCCAGACCUGAAGCGGAAGCAGUGGGCUCAUGUGCGUCGGCGCGACAAGAUGGACGUCUACAAGAACAUCGAGGGGUCCUCCAACCCGAGAGUCACGCUCUAUGUGGGCAAGGGCCUCAUGAGAGGCACGGUGGAGGACAUCAUGGACGGACUCUAUUGUGACACGACCGAGGACCUGCGCAAGGUCAAGACGUUGCUCAGCUACAAGUUCAUCGACGGUGCCGUGUUCCAAGUCAGCCAGCGCCGCUCGCCCGACGCUCCGUAUCGCUUUGCUGGGAUCAAGUGGUUCGCGGCUAAGGCGCCACUUGGCCCACUUGUUGCUGAUCGUGACAUGCUGAACUACGAGGUAAUGGGGCAGGUGAUGGAUGAACACGGCAACGAGUUCGCGUUCCACAGUUACCAAUCCAUCGAGCGGUCGGAGUGGCCUGCAGACAACAUGAAAAACAUCAAGCGCGCGCAGACAGCCACGUGCUAUUUGUACCGACAGCACUCGCCGGAGUACGUCGAGUGCUUCUUCCAGGGCGACUUCUUCGCUCGCGGAAAGGUGAUGCAGAAGGUGUCAGAGUACGCUAUGGCGGGGAAGUGGCUCGCUGUGAGCAAUGCGAUUCAGUGCGCGCAGGCGAAGAAGUUUUCGCGUCUGAUAGAGACUGCGGAUGUGAAGCGGAGUUUACCCAGUGAUGUGUGCGAUGUGUGCCACGCUCGCUGCAAAUCUCGCAGUGGCACCACGCAGUGCGCGGGGUGCAUGCAGGUGAGAAAUUCUGUCUCCACGAUGCAGUAA